AUGGAAGAAGCCGAAAGAGUCAAAGUUGUCGUCAGAUGUCGGCCGAUUUCCGAAAACGAGCUGCGUCAAGGACACAAGAGUGCCGUAUCGUGUUCACACGAGGAACGAUCGGUGACGGUUUCGAAUCCAAAUGCACAGGAACCACCCCGAAGUUUCUACUUCGACGCAGUUUUCCCACCCAAUACGGACCAGGCUACGGUAUACAAUAUAGCCGCAAGACCCAUUAUUGAUAAUGUCCUUAAAGGAUAUAAUGGAACAAUUUUCGCGUACGGUCAGACAGGAACGGGAAAAACGUUCACGAUGGCGGGUGAUAUGGAAAAAGCCGAAUUGCGUGGAAUAAUUCCGAACUCUUUUGCGCAUAUUUUCGAUCAUAUUGCCAAGUGUCAACACGACACAACUUUCCUUGUACGCGUCUCCUAUUUGGAAAUAUACAAUGAAGAUAUUCGAGAUUUGCUUGCCAAAGAUGGAACGGGCACCAAUUUAGAAAUCAAAGAGAGAUCUGACAUUGGAGUCUAUGUAAGGAAUUUAUCUUCAGUGACUGUCGGAAGUGCAUCGCAAAUGCAAAAAAUUAUGGAGUUUGGCAAUAAAAAUCGAAAAGUCGGGGCAACUGCGAUGAAUAUUGAAUCAUCGAGGUCCCAUGCCAUGUUUACUGUAACAAUAGAAAGCUCAAAAGGUGGUCUUGUGACCCAGGGAAAAUUGCAAUUGGUCGAUUUGGCGGGUUCUGAAAGACAAAGCAAAACUGGGGCACAAGGGGAAAGGCUAAAGGAAGCUGCGAAGAUCAAUCUAUCACUUUCAACGCUAGGAAAUGUAAUAAGUAGUCUGGUCGAUGGAAAAUCAACGCACGUUCCUUAUAGAAAUUCAAAAUUAACCCGAUUACUGCAAGAUUCUCUUGGAGGAAACUCAAAAACUGUCAUGAUUGCUAAUAUUGGUCCAGCAACGUAUAAUUACGAUGAGACUUUAUCGACACUUCGAUAUGCGAAUCGAGCAAAGAAUAUCCAGAAUGUCGCGAGAAUUAAUGAGGAUCCGAAGGAUGCAAUGCUUCGAAAGUUUCAAAUGGAAAUUGAGCAGCUCCGAAAACAACUUGAAGAAGAAGAUCCGGACGACGAUGAGAAUAAUGAAGAAGCUUGGCAAUCGAAGAUGCGCGAUUUGGAAGAUGAUCUUGAAAAGAAGAGGCAGGCAUUGAGGGAUCGCGAAGGCACUGGAAGUGAUGAUGAAGAGACGAAAAAAUUAAUAAAAGAAAUGGAAGAAAGUGAAGCAGAAUUGAAAAACGCGCGAAAUGAACACGAAAAAUUGCGGGCAAAACUCAGCCAAAUGGAAUCGAAACUAAUUGUUGGUGGAGAGAAUUUAUUGGAAAAAGCCGAAGAGCAGGCAAAAUUGCUUGAAGAAAACAAUAAGGAACUCGAGAAGUCGCGAACGCAAGAAGAACGAUUGCGGGAUCAGCUACGCGAAAAAGAAGCGGCGAAAAUUGAAAUUGAGGAAAAAUAUUCGUCUUUGCAAGAAGAGAGCACGGCGAAAACAAGGAAAAUCCGACGAGCCAUUAAUGAGUUGAGCGAGGCUCGCGCUGAGCUCAAAGAUAUGGAAGAAGAGCAUCAGAGGCAGGUCGAAGCGAUGCUCGACGAUAUUCGACAGUUAAGAAAGGAACUUCUUCUAAAUAUGGCCAUAAUCGAUGAAUAUAUACCACCGGAAUAUGUGGAAAUAAUUGAAAAAUAUGUGAAUUGGAGCGAAGAACACGGGGAUUGGCAGCUAAAAGCAAUUGCAUAUACGGGUAAUAAUAUGAGGGAAUGUGCACCGCCGCCGCAGCGCGAAUUUUCGACCGAUAACCAAUCAAUUCCUUUGUUUUAUUCGUAUAAAACAGAUUUGGGAGCGACGAUGGAAAAUCGUGUGAGAGCGAAGAGCGGAAAAAGAGAACGCGAAGCGGCGAAACUCAAGCAGUUAUUGUCUUAA